UACAAAUACAGUGAUUGCCGGAGUGGCGCGGCUGGCGCAGGAGAACGAACCCCGAGAAAACGCCGCCAACACGCUAUUUCUUUCUCGUUUUGCUUUUCCCUAGAUCCCUCAACGAUCACGAUCAGUAUUCUUCUUCUUAUUCCAUUUCGCUUUCUAGGUUUGUUUCAAAUUCCCCAUUUCAUCUCCUUCUCGCCGGUUCAGUCUCCGGUUAAGCUAUGGUUGCCGAUUCGAAGGGCAAAUCUGAUAUCUCAUUCGCCGGCACGUUUGCCAGUAGUGCUUUCGCUGCUUGUUUCGCGGAGAUAUGUACUAUUCCUUUAGACACUGCCAAGGUUAGGCUUCAGCUACAAAAGAAGGCGGUUGUCGGCGAUGUCUUACCGAAAUAUAGGGGUAUGCUGGGUACGGUUGGAACCAUAGCCAGAGAGGAAGGUAUGGCAUCCCUGUGGAAAGGAAUUGUUCCUGGAUUGCAUCGUCAAUGCGUGUUUGGAGGCUUAAGGAUUGGGUUGUAUGAGCCUGUUAAGAACUUUUACGUGGGCAGUGACUUUGUUGGUGAUGUUCCUUUGACUAAGAAGAUUCUUGCUGCACUGACAACUGGUGCUAUAGGGAUCACAGUAGCAAAUCCAACUGAUCUUGUGAAAGUUAGACUUCAAGCAGAAGGAAAGUUACCUCCUGGCGUGCCUAGGCGCUAUUCUGGGGCAUUGAAUGCUUAUUCUACCAUUGUUAGACAGGAAGGAGUUGGAGCUCUAUGGACUGGCAUUGGACCGAAUAUUGCAAGAAAUGCUAUUAUAAAUGCCGCAGAACUAGCCAGCUACGAUCAAGUGAAACAGACAAUUUUGAAAAUUCCAGGUUUCACAGAUAAUGUUUUGACUCAUCUGCUUUCUGGUCUUGGAGCAGGGUUUUUCGCUGUCUGUAUUGGCUCCCCGGUCGACGUGGUGAAGUCAAGAAUGAUGGGGGAUCCAACUUACAAAAGCACACUUGAUUGUUUCAUCAAGACUUUAAGAAAUGAUGGACCUCUGGCGUUUUACAAGGGCUUUAUCCCGAAUUUCGGAAGGCUAGGAUCAUGGAACGUUAUCAUGUUCCUAACUCUAGAACAGGCCAAGAAGUUUGUGAAAAAACUAGAAUCUUCAUCUUAAGCUAUUUGGUGGGGUUGCGGAAUCAGAUUGCUCCCCUUUUCAGCCUUCUUUGCUUAGAGAAUAAAAGCCACUUUACAUGAAGAGUUUACUUUAUUUGCUGAUUCCUCCAUUGAUGAGAUCAAAGCUUUUGCAUCUGCCAUGGUAGAAUAAAAGUUGAAAGCAAUCCUCACACUGAGAUUCUUUCUCAAACUCAUUCAUUCUCUGUUCUAUUAAAUUUAUGUCAUUUUUUCUUCCAUAUUUGCUCAAACAUCCUCAAACAAAAUAUUAGAAUUUUCAGAGAUUGUUGACCCAUGAUUUUAACUUUUAGUUGGCUUGGAUCUAUGAAGCUUCAAUUUGUUGGUAUUU